CACGAAUCCAUCAACCUUUUGCAAUUCCCUUCUAGUACACAAAGUUUGUCAAUCCAACAUGCAUAUGCAGUAAAGGUCCUAUUUGCGGUUUAGAGGAGAUAAGUUUAGCUGAAUACAGUAGCUGUUCAGCAGGCCGUGGAAUCAAUAAUAAUGCUCCAUUCAAUUCAUCACUGUAGGCCUGUUGUAGAGCAUAUUAUCAUUUGUUCCACAACCCACUAUUAAAUCUCAUCUUGCAAAACACAAAAAAUAGAACAUGUGAUAUCGACUGGGUUUAGAUCAAAAAAGACAAUUUGCAUAUCGACUGGAAAUGGUUAGCAACAUUUCACGAUUUAGGGGCGAUCCUGGGCCUAGCUAGUACUUAUAGUUCUUAUAUAAGUGCAAAGCCCAGCCCAUGAUCACCCCUACGAAAGGAGGGAUUUUGUUCUUUCAUGAAACACCAUAAAUUUUCCCAUGAGCAUAGCAGAACUAGAAGAACUCCAUAGUUUCUGCAUUUCUAAUUUGUAAUGACAACUAUUGGUGGUGGUGGUGGAGGUGGUUCAUCUAUCUGUCUGUUUCAUUUUUCUUGCGCGAGUCUCGUGUUCAAACAACCAACUCAAUUCUUCUUCCCACCUCGACAUCCUCAUAGCCGGAGAUACGCAUUCGCUUUUCCACUGUAUUUCGCAAAAGUAAAGCAGCAGCAGAAGCAUAACAAGUUACGGCAAUCUUCGCUUAUCAUGGCAUCAGACGACCGAGCAACGGCUCCGAUUGGCCACACAGAGUUAACCGAGCUGAAAGACGAAUCGGAUUUCGAUUCUCUCGUCUCUCCCCAUGGCUAUCUCUCCAUCUGUGGCUUCGGAUCUCUCCUCUCUGAAAGGAGUGCGAGGAGCACAUUUCCUGAUCUUAUGAACUUCAGGGUUGCGAAAUUGAAAGGGUUUCGACGCGUUUUUGCCCACGCUGCUCCCAUUUUCUUCGAGCGUGGCAUUGCCAAUCCAGAAACCGGGGAGAUUUCGAGCUUAAGUGUUGAACCACGUGAAGAUGAAACCCUAAUCAUCACUGUGUUUGAGAUUAAACCAUCGGAGAUUCCAUCUUUUAUUGAGAGGGAACAUGAAUUUCGUUUUCUGGCUGUGAUACCUGAAACACUAGAUGGGAUUCCAUUUACUAGUCCAGCGGUGCUUUGUGCUCGCUAUAGUGAUGAGGAAUAUUUUCAAGUUAGAUGCAAAGGAAGCAAGGAAAUCUAUUUUAAGCAAUAUGGGCGGUAUAACAUCCAUAAGAUAUGGCGGGAUGAUAUCUUACCUUGCCGUGUUUAUCUUCGACACUGUGUAUUGGCAGCAAAGAAUUGUGGCGAUGUUGCUUAUAACAACUUUCUGGAUCACACUUUUCUUGGGGACCGUAAAACAACCAUCCGUGAGUACUUAGCAACAAGAGGUUCGGGCAUCAUGGAAGAAGAACCGCCAGAACCACUUAAGGCCCGUUAUGGUGGAUGAUAUUAAGAAGCGUUAAGUCCAAUCAGCAGCAAAACAUGGCACUUGCAGAAAUGACUUACAUUUACUGUAAUCAGACUGAAAAAGUUGAGCAUACUGCAAACUUGGGCGGUGUUCGGUAUUGUGGUGUCUUUGUAUCUGCAGCAAGGUUUAAAAUAUCAAUACAGGCUGAUACGCCCCCUCGCUCUCCCCCAGGUCAGUUUAAGGCUGAUUUACCCCCUGAACCAGGCCAGACCCCUAUAUGACCCCUGUAGUGAGGUAUCAUUAAGCCACUGAUAUGAUUGGGAUGUAUAGUAUUGAAAUUUUGAACCUUGAUCUACAGGGCCCAAUGUAGUGUAGUUGAAACCACGAUAAUUUGAAUCAAAUCACAUUCUGUAAGGUGUUCUAUCA